ACUCGUUUCAAGAUAAGAACUCAAAGAAAUUAAAAGUUAAGGCGACCAUUCCACAAACUCCGAGUACAUUAUGAACUCGGCACGGCGGCAACAACACAUGCGAGUGUAAUAAUAAUAAAAAUCAAUUUCCAAACUGUUUUCAUGCUGAAGAAUCCACACGACAUUCAUUCGUUUACUCUCUCGACUCUCUCGCGAUCCGCUUUUGUUCUUAUCGCAAUUACUGACUGCUCCCGGAAGAACCCCUCGCCCCUCGCCCGACGCCAUUCCCAACGUCUCUGCCCUCCAACGAUUGCUGUCUGUUUGUUGCUCGCGUAAUGUAGUUUUUGUUUUCUGUUUCUGUUUCUGUUUUGUAGAUUGAUUAAAGAACGGUCUGCUGUUGUGGAUCGGCCUGCCACCCGCAUUGAGUUGCCUGCAUUGAUGAUCGAGCAGCUCGCUCAGCAGCUUUGCCCCCAAUUGAAAGCGUCUCGCAAUCUGUAGCGCUGUAGCGUUUGCAGUUGUGUUGCUGUCAGUUCUUGAUUGCUCGCCACACAGUCCAGUCAUACACAGCUAUCUCAGCUAUCCACAACGAUCCCCCACCGAGAGAAAAAGUGUGUGACAAAGAGAGCGCGCAUAUUCACUGAUUAGCGAUCGUCAGUCGGUUGCGAUAAGUUCCUUAAGGUUUUCCAUAUAAAUUCAACGUAUUCGCCGUGCGAUUCACCAGUGCAGUGUAUCACAGCUAGACAACAAGAUGCCGAAAGGAGAACAGCCCACAGCCGAGCAGGUUAACGAGGUGAAAACCCGUUUCCUCAAGAACCUUGAAGAGCAGCCACCAGCAGUGCCCUUCCAUCCCAGUGAUCUGGCCAGAAUCAAGGACAGCGAUGUGUGGAUCACACAGCUGCUCGAGGCCUACAAAUUGGAUGUGGAGAAGGCGAUCAUUCGCCUGCGCGAGAACUGCGAAUGGCGUCAAAGCUUCGGCACCAACGACAUCACAGCCACGAACAUCAAUCAGGAGUAUCUGAAUGAUGGCGAAAUCUAUGUGCACAAUCAGGAUAAGGAUGGCAUGCCGCUGUUGAUCGUGAACUUCUCCAAACACUCCAAGAGCAAGAAUCACGAUGAUCUUAUCCGUGUCAUUGUCUACUGGGUCGAGCGUGUGCAGCACCAAUACAACUAUGAAAAGAAAAUUACGCUUUUCAUGGACAUGACCGGCGCUGGAUUAAGUAAUCUAGAUCUGGACUUUAUCAAGCGCAUCGUUGGACUGUUCGAAACCAAAUAUCCCAAUGCACCCAACUAUAUUGUGGUGCACGAGCUGCCCUUCCUGCUGAAUGCUGCUUUUAAAAUUGUCAAGGGUUUCAUGCCCGCUGAGGCUUUGGAGAUACUGCGUGUGACCACCAAGAAGGACAUCAACGAGUAUGUAGAUAAGGAGAACUGCCUCAAGAGCUGGGGCGGCAACGAUGAAUACACCUACAAAUUUGCCGCCUAAACUAAAGUGUAAUUGAGCCAUGUAAAUAAUACGAUACUUAUUUAUCUCAA